UAUUUUUUAUCAGAGUUGAGCACUGAAACUCAAAGCUUACAUAGUCUCUCGUUUCUUCAAUUAUACUACUACUAAUCUUCUCUAUCAAUGGAGGGUGCUGAAAUCUAUAUACCAGGUGGUAGUUUAAGAAGAGGAGACUCUUCUAUAUGGAGCAGCAAUGCUAUGGAAGGCUUCUCCAAAUCUUCAAGAGAAGAAGAUGAUGAAGAGGCUCUGAAAUGGGCUGCUCUUGAGAGAUUACCUACCUAUGAUCGUCUGAAGAAAGGCAUAUUAGCUACAUCUAAAGGUGCCAGCGAAAUAGAUAUUCACGGUCUUGGGUUUCAUGAAAGGAAAGCUUUGAUUGAUAGAUUGGUAAAAGUUGCAGACCAGGAUAAUGAGAGGUUCUUGUUGAAGCUCAAGGACCGGAUUGAUAGAGUUGGAAUUGAGUUUCCAACUCUUGAAGUUCGAUUUGAGCAUCUGACUGUUGAGACAGAAGCUCAUGUUGGAAGCAGAGCUUUGCCCUCAUUCUUAAACUUCUUUGUCGACACAGUAGAGGGUUUAUUGAACAAUCUUCAUAUGCUUCCAAGUAGAAAGAAACGCUUCUCUAUCCUUGAGGACAUUAGUGGAAUCAUCAGACCAACUAGAAUGACAUUGCUUUUGGGUCCUCCAAGUUCUGGGAAGACCACUCUUUUGUUGGCUUUGGCCGGAAAACUUGAUCCUAAACUAAAGCUUUCUGGUAGUGUUACUUACAAUGGUCAUGGAAUGAAUGAGUUUGUGCCCAGGAGAACAGCUGCCUAUAUCAGUCAACAUGAUACUCAUAUAGGAGAAAUGACUGUGAGGGAAACCUUGGCCUUUUCUGCAAGAUGCCAAGGUGUCGGACACCGAUAUGAGGUGUUAACAGAGUUAUUAAGAAGAGAAAAACAAUCAAAUAUUAAGCCUGAUCCUGAUGUUGAUGUCUUCAUGAAGGGAAUAGCUGCAGAAGGUCAGGAGACUAAUGUGAUUACAGAUUACAUUCUUAAGAUUUUAGGGCUAGAUGUGUGUGCAGAUAUUAUGGUUGGGAAUGAAAUGUUAAGGGGUGUCUCUGGAGGGCAAAGGAAGCGUGUCACAACAGGUGAGAUGCUGGUAGGACCAGCAAAAGCACUGUUCAUGGAUGAGAUUUCUACUGGCUUGGACAGUUCAACUACUUUCCAAAUUGUGAACUCAAUAAAGCAAUUCAUUAGAUUUCUUAAUGGAACAGCUGUCAUCUCUCUGCUACAGCCAGCUCCAGAGACAUAUGAUCUCUUCGAUGAUAUUAUUCUCCUGUCUGAUGGCCACAUUGUGUACCAGGGUCCCCGUGAACAUGUACUCGAGUUUUUUGAACAUAUGGGAUUCAGGUGUCCUGAAAGAAAGGGUGUGGCUGACUUCUUACAAGAAGUAACAUCAAGGAAAGAUCAACAGCAGUAUUGGGCGUGUAAAGACUCGCCUUAUAGUUUUAUCACAGUUAAGGAAUUUGCAGAGGCAUUUCAGUCAUUUCAUGUAGGACAAAGACUUAAAGAUGAGCUUUCUACUCCAUUUGACAAAGCCAAGAACCAUCCAGCUGCUUUGGCGACAAAAAAGUAUGGCGUUGGUAAUAUUCAACUGCUGAAAGCUUGCUUCUCUAGAGAGUUACUGCUCAUGAAGAGGAACUCAUUUGUCCACGUCUUCAAGCUUACCCAACUUACAAUAAUGGCAAUGGUUGCUAUGACACUCUUCUUCCGGACUGAGAUGCACCGAGAUUCAAUAACUGAUGGAGGAAUUUACUCGGGUUCUUUAUUCUUCUCUGUGAUUUUUAUCAUGUUCAAUGGUUUGUCGGAGAUGUCAAUGACCAUUUCAAAGCUUCCAGUAUUUUACAAGCAAAGAAAUCUCCUGUUCUACCCUGCAUGGGUGUAUUCUCUUCCUCCAUGGAUCACUAAAAUUCCCAUCACGCUCGUGCAAGUUGCCCUUUGGGUGUUCAUCACCUAUUAUGUUAUCGGAUAUGAUCCCAGUGCUGGAAGAUUAUUCAGGCAGUAUUUUCUGCUUGUUCUUAUUAGCCAAAUGGCUUCUGCAUUAUUUCGAUUUAUCGCUGCAGCAGGAAGGAAUAUGAUUGUUGCUCACACCUUUGGAGCAUUUGCAUUAGUCCUACUUUUUGCAUUGGGCGGCUUUGUCUUGUCACGAGAUGACAUAAAGAAAUGGUGGAUAUGGGGUUACUGGAUAUCACCAUUAAUGUAUGGGCAGAAUGCAAUUGUAGUUAAUGAGUUCUUUGGAAAGAGUUGGAGUCAUGUUCUCCCAAACUCAACAGAACCACUGGGAGUUCAGGUUUUGAAGUCUCGAGGAUUCUUCCCACAUGCAUAUUGGUAUUGGAUAGGAGUAGGGGCAUUGGUUGGGUUCACACUGCUAUAUAACUUCUGUUUUAUUAUAGCUCUCACAUUCCUUGAACCAUUGCAGAAGCCUCAAGCUGUUCUGUCUGAAGACACUCCAAGUAAUGAACCUGGAAGAACAGCUGGAGCUAUUCAGUUAUUGAGCCAGGAUAGCAGUCACAAAACACCUACAGAUAGUGGGAGAGGUAGUUCAUUCAGGAUAUCAUCUGAAAGGACAGAGGUCACCAUUGAAGGCAAUCGUGAAAGAAAAAAAGGAAUGGUUCUUCCAUUUGAACCACAUUCUAUCACCUUCAAUGAUGUUAAAUAUUCCGUGGACAUGCCACAGGAAAUGAAAAAUCAAGGUGCGACUGAAGAUAAAUUGGAGCUUUUGCGGGGUGUGAGUGGUGCUUUCAGGCCUGGUGUUCUCACAGCUCUAAUGGGUUCUAGUGGUGCUGGCAAAACUACUCUGAUGGAUGUGCUGUCUGGUAGAAAAACUGGAGGAUACAUAGAGGGAAACAUCAAAAUAUCUGGUUACCCUAAGAAACAAGAAACUUUUGCCAGAAUUUCAGGGUAUUGUGAGCAAAAUGACAUCCAUUCUCCUCAUGUUACUGUCUAUGAAUCUUUGCUAUACUCUGCCUGGCUUCGUCUUCCUGCUGAAGUGAGCAGUGAAACCAGAAAGAUGUUCAUCGAGGAAGUUAUGCAGCUUGUGGAACUGACGUCACUGAGGCAAGCUUUAGUCGGAUUACCCGGUGUAAGUGGCCUCUCGACUGAGCAACGCAAGCGGCUGACUAUUGCAGUAGAGCUAGUGGCAAACCCUUCUUUAAUUUUCAUGGAUGAGCCAACUUCAGGGCUAGAUGCAAGAGCUGCUGCAAUCGUUAUGAGAGCAGUUAGGAACACCGUGGACACUGGAAGAACAGUUGUUUGCACCAUCCACCAGCCAAGCAUUGACAUAUUUGAAGCUUUUGACGAACUAUUCCUAAUGAAGCGAGGAGGACAAGAAAUAUAUGUGGGACCACUGGGUCGCCAUUCUUGCCAUCUAAUCAAGUAUUUUGAGGGAAUUGAAGGCGUACCUAACAUUAAAGAUGGAUACAACCCAGCAACUUGGAUGUUGGAAGUUACCACUUCAGCUCAAGAAACAGUUCUGGGGAUAGACUUUGCUGUUUCAUACAGAAAUUCAGAGCUAUAUAGGAGAAACAAAGCACUUAUUGGUGAAUUAAGCACACCUGCUCCGGGUUCAAAGGACCUGUACUUUCCCACACAGUACUCCCAGGCAUUUUUGGUACAAUGCAUGGCUUGCUUAUGGAAGCAAUGCUGGUCAUACUGGCGCAAUCCAGCAUAUACUGCUGUGAGAUUGCUCUUCACAACCGUCAUAGCUUUAACUUUUGGAACAAUGUUCUGGGACCUUGGCUCCAAAACGACAAAGCGGCAAGAUCUACUCAAUGCAAUGGGAUCUAUGUAUGCUGCAAUCGUCUUCCUUGGUAUCCAAAAUGCUUCAUCUGUGCAACCAGUAGUUGCUGUCGAAAGAACCGUCUUCUACAGAGAGAGAGCUGCUGGAAUGUAUUCCCCCUUGGCCUAUGCCUUUGCACAGGUUGUCAUUGAGCUUCCAUAUAUUUUCUCACAAGCUGUGGUAUAUGGCCUUAUAGUCUAUGCAAUGAUUGGAUUUGAAUGGACUGCUGCUAAGUUCUUUUGGUACCUAUUCUUCAUGUACUUUACAUUAUUGUAUUACACCUUUUAUGGCAUGAUGUCUGUGGCUGUGACACCAAACCAACACGUCGCAUCCAUCGUUUCCUCUGCAUUCUAUUCCCUGUGGAAUCUUUUUUCAGGAUUUAUAAUCCCACGACCAAGGAUGCCUGUGUGGUGGAGAUGGUAUUCUUGGGCAUGUCCAGUGGCAUACACAUUGUACGGCUUAGUUUCAUCACAAUUUGGAGAUAUAAAGCAUACGCUUGAAUCAGGCGAUUCUGUCGAAGAAUUUGUGAGAAGUUACUUUGAUUUCAAACAUGAGCUUCUAGGAGCAAUUGCAGCUGCAGUUGUUGGCUUUGCUGCUCUUUUUGCAUUUACCUUUGCCGUUUGCAUCAAGUUCUUCAAUUUCCAAAGGCGUUGAAUAUUUAGUGUAUAGAGAAGUAAUGUAAUAAGCAAGUGUUCAAUAAUAAACAUUUUUGUUUUCAUCUAAAAAUGUAAGCUCCUCUCUAUUUGAGGAUUCCUGAUCAAAA